AUGGGAUCUGCUUUAUCAAAUAUGCUUGGAGGUGGUGAGGAUGCAGCUUCGAGUGAAUCCGAGCCUAGUCAGGUGCUGACGUUUAGCUCAUCGGCUCGGUGGCAGCUUCAUUUCAACGAGAUUAAGGAAUCUUCGAAACUGAUGGUGAUUGACUUCUCGGCUUCUUGGUGUGGACCUUGUAAGAUGAUCAUGCCUGCGAUUCGUGAAAUGGCUGAAAAAAUCACUGAUGUUAGCUUCGUCAAAUUAGAUGUCGAUGAAGUCCCUGAUGUCGCUAAAGAAUUCAACGUGACGGCUAUGCCAACUUUUGUGCUGGUGAAAAGAGGUAAAGAAGUUGAAAGGAUCAUUGGAGCCAAAAAAGAUGAACUCGAGAACAAAGUUAGCAAACACAGGGCACAAUGA